AUGUGGCUCAACCGAAUCCGCCGCUCCACCCGAGAUCUUCCUAAGGACGGCCCUUCACAGAAUGCCCCUCCGUCAACGCCAGGUUUGCCGAUUAGUCUUUUACCGUCCGACCGGCGCGCCAUUUUCGAACAAGAGAACCUUCUUUAUGAACUUAAGUUUGUGAAGCGGGCAAGGGCCCAUAAAAACUUUUGCGUGGCCAAACGGAGAUUGGCCUGGUUUCGAAGCCAACAAGACGAAUUGACACAUUUGGAAGCAACCUUGAAGCGGUUGACAGCAGAUACCAGCCGGGAAGAGGCUCGCCUAUUGGAAAUAAGGUAG